AUGAAUGAUGCUAUAGCAGAGCUAGAGAGGAAGAAAUCACUACAGAAGGCGAGGAAAAGCAACGGUCAAGAUUCACAGAGCAGCUCACAGAAGACAUCUGGACACAAGGCUCCAGUGUCAGACACUGCAGCCAGUGAUUCUCAAGAGGCUGCAGGACAGAGGAAGAUUGAUAGCAAAGCUCCAUACCACCCUCCACCUCAGUCUGCUCCAUCAGAACCAUGCCCACCUCAGCUCCCUCCAUCAAGUCAACUAAACUGUGUGGUCAAGGAAGUGAAAAGCUCAUCGAGCCAAACCGAGGAAAGGGCAUCAAAUAAGCAAGGUGAUAAGUAUCCCAAGGAAUUUGAUGCUUUGGGUAAAAAAGAACCUGAUGACAAGCAAAGUAUUUUGUCAUCGGAGAAUGCAUCAAAUUUCAACAAGGAGACACCUGCGAAAGAUGUUGAGGCGAGUGACAGAGAAUGCAUGAACAAGAAUCUUGAUCAAGCUGAUGAAAAGAAUAACUUGACGAAAAAUGGCGACGCCCACAUUUCAAAGAAUGAUAGCAGAGAUGAUGAACGAAGCACCACUGUCCCACUGAAGACACCACUUGUUCAGAAUGAGCCUUUCCUAAAGAAAGCAAAGCGUCAUGUCCAUUUUGCUCGUAAAAAGCUGAAAAGAGCUAAGGGCAAGGAAUCUUCGAGGCCAAAGGAGGGAUACCAUGGUGCCAUCUACACUUCUGGUGAUAGAAUACCAGGCACUGCUGUCAUGUCAAAAACACAACACAUUCAGGACAAGGCCAUCCUCAAGAGGGCAAAGUCUGUUUCAGUUGAUCUCGAGGAAUCGUCAAAACAAGAGGAGGGUGAUGAUGGUCACUACAGCACUCCUGGACAGGGUCCUUCUCUUAGUCAUGGCCUCUCCAAUGUUGAGAUCUGCCCCAUCCCAUCUYUGGAGGCUUCUCCCUCUAAAYAGGAAGCAACUUUCYACCAAGAGGCAAGUGCCCCUGAUACUACUGACCCUGUGACUUCAACCCCUGGCGAYGCAGUUGGUURUCYGACUGRAGUUUAUAYCGCUGUACCUGAAGAAGGCAUUGUAGUGAAAGACGUUGAGUCUUCAAAUCCCAUCCAAAAUAACUGGCAUGAAAGCAAGAUUGUUUCACCUAUCAGUCAGCAUUGCCCAGAACUUUUUGUGUAUAUUCGAGAAGAGACUUCUCUCCUCCAAGACGAAAUAGCUUCUUUAGAGAAAGUCAGCACCAAACUCAAAAACGAAAUGCAGGGUGCAAAUAAGACAAAAGGCUGUGAAGAAGAACUCGAGGGUCUAACUCAAGACUGGAUCUCACUCAACAAAUGCAGGGCUGAACUUAUCAUCAGGAAACGAGAUCUUGAAAUCCUGAGCAGAGAAGAGAACUUGGAAGAAUGUAUUACUGGGAUCAGCCAGGAACUCAUGUUCCUGUUUCAACUUGAAGGCUGGCGUAAAACAGAUCAGCACAAGGCCUGCGAACAAAAACUUACUGAUGCCCUUGUUUUUCUUACAAGAAAAAAUGAAAUUUAUAACUGUCCAACUGGAUUACAGUUGUAA